UGGUAUUCUUCUGAUUCUGACCUCUGCUUGAGACCUUUAUAAACGAUGCGACUCAUCCUCCUCGAUAUCACUUGACUUUGUCAUCUCUUGUCAUCUAUACAUCUUCUUCUUCAAAAAACACACGAGAAAAAUGAAGGCUGCUUUGGUCUUUCUCUGCCUGAUCGCCGCUGCCGUGGCUGAGGCUCCAUUCGGUGGAUAUUCCAGCGGCAGGCCACAGGCCCCAUCGGGUGGUGAUACCGGAUACGGAGCUCCAGAACACACUCCACAAACCUUCAAGAAUGUCUACGUCUACUCCGCCCCCGAUGAGCCAGAAGAUCGUCAAGCACGAACCAUCCGAGUUCCCGGAGGAGACAAGCACGUCAACAUCAUCUUCGUCAAGACCCCAUCCUCCUCCUCCUCCCACCAAACCGAAGUCAUCCUCCCAGAACAAGACGAGCACAAGAACUUGGUCUACGUCCUCCUCAAGAAAGGCGAGAACUCCGCCGACGUCAAGAUUACCCGACCCCAAGGCCGACCCCAACCAAAGCCAGAGGUCAACUUCAUCCGAUACGGGUCCGAGCAGGCUGCCGGUUAUUCCGGAAAUGGUGCUUCCUCCGCAGGAGCUGGUGCUCCAGUCUCCGUCCCCUCAAGCACCUAUGGCCAACCAAGCUUCUAAGUCAAUCCAUGCUAACUUAUUGUAUUUUACAGAUUUAUGUUGCCACCACGAACGCUUAUCGCCACCAUUUUUCCUCUUCUUAUCAUUUUCCGUCUCUUUUACUCUCCUUCUUUCAUCCUUGCUACUUUCACUCUAGCACUUUCUGCACCUCUUUUUCUAAACCUGUCCUAAAUUCUUGAUCUUUGUACCUAUCUCAUAUUUACAGUAUGUCGUCUUCUCAGACGCGUACAGAAUUUAUGUGCCAAUUAAACUAAUAAAUUAUGAAAUAGUCAAAUA